AAGGUUCCGCCGAUUUUCGCAGAGGCUUUCGCGCGAAACCAUGGAGAGAUCGUCCAUCGUGGAAAGCUUUUGUGGAAAGGGGUGAGCUAGGUACUCGUUACGACGGGCACAGAGAGUUUCACUUCCCCUUGUGUUCUCCAUUCUGUUACGCGAGUUUUGGCUCGGUCGUUACUUUUUAUUGCAAAAGCGCCGCCCUAAAACCUCGCAGCUCACUUAGCCUCUCUUGAAACCUUCUUGCUCGCCCUUUUCUGUUCCUCAGUCGAUUCGGGGACAAUUUGGACAAAAGCAUCGAGGCAGACUCGUUUCGAGCGGAAUUUACCUUAAUGGAACUUCAACCUAACUUCAACCUAACUUGACUUACUGGAGCUUACUUGACUUUAACUCAAUGGAACUUUAACUUAACGAUUGACAUUGUGCGAACGAAUAUCCCAUAGGAGCGGUACAAUACCAACAAUAAUAUGGAAUUGAGUGGAAUUGAAUCGAGCAGUUUCGCGGGUUGAUCGAAUUCUCGGCGAAUUUCAAGGAGUGGUCACUCUGAGUCGGAAAAACAUUCACGAAAAGAAUGAUAAUUUCCCGACCGGUUGCGCAAUAUAUCUUUCGCGAGCCGGAUUCUACAAGAUAGGAGUUUGGCGCGGGAAAAAGGCAUGCGGUGAAAGUAUCGAGUGAACGUGCACGUGGAAAGACAAUACGCGGAACGCGACGGACGCAAUACAAUAAUACGCGUCGCGUACGUAUACGCAAUACGCGCAAAGCUCGAAGAAUCGCGUUUCGCGCGACCAUGUAUCUCUCUCUCUCUUACAUACACAUAUACUUUCUCUCUCUCUCUCUCUCUCUCUCUCUCUCUCUCUCUCUCUCUCUCUCUUUCAGUUUUCCUCUCGCCCGUUGUUCCGCGCUAUUUGUGUAAAACGCGACUCGGCGAGAGUGUCAACGCAGCCUGAAGCGUAUAGACAGAUCCGUGUACUUCGCGGCAUGAAUGCGCGUACGCGCGCGACUUGUGCAAAAUUCGCGAUUAUAAAUAGCGCGCGCGUGCGUCAUCCGCGGGGAGGUGUCCUUCGGCUAUCUUCCGCUACCGAUUCCGGAUCGGCUUUUCAUCGGCGAAGGGAAACGUCCACGUGAGCGAUCUCUCCUUCGCGUUGGAGAAGGUACGCGCAGGAGACACGGCGCACCUCUUCUUCCCGGAAAAGUCCGACGUGGAAACGCAAGGAAGAUCGCCCUUUGGCUUUCGGGCAGGCAAGUCGCAGUGGCGAUCCCGCCUCGGGGCUAUCGCGCUCACCCCAACAACGUGGCGCGUUCUUCCACGUGUGUGCCUCCUCCGUCCCGCAAUUUGACCGUGUAAUCCCCGCGAGAUUGCUGCUGAGAAGAGGCGAGUGGAAGUCCGACGUCGAGUUCGCACGUGCGCGUUCUCCUACAUUCUGCCGACAUUCGACUCCGCGCUUCAAAGGUGGAGCGAGGAUGUUCAGGUCGAUGGUGCAAAAACUCGCGUUCCUCUACAAGCCCUACGCGUUGGCCGUGGUGUCGGUCGGCUACGUUCUUGGAGAAUUGGGCCAUUAUCUGAUAGGUGUAACGAGCAAAGCGAUCGCCGAGGACCUGCACUAUGGCGACAUUUCCUGCCAGCUCAACUCGACAACGCUGUCGUUGGUCGACCUUCCGGUGCAGUGCGAAGCCGCGGAGAACGCAACCUACUGCCAGUCUCUGGAGCUGAACGGGUCUUAUUAUUGCGAAUGGAACUACAACGGUCUAGGCUUGGACUAUCAGGUCUUGGCGGGACCCAGUUUCAUCGCGGUUUUCACGGUCGUAGGCAUUCUGCUGGGCAUCGCGGCCGAUAGGUACAACAGAGUGAGGCUGCUGGCGAUCUGCACUCUGGUAUUCAGCGUCGCGAUCGUUCUGAUGGGCGCGGUGAAGGAAUACUGGCAGCUCGUCCUUCUGCGGAUGGUCCUGGCAGCGGGGGAGGCGGGCUGCAAUCCAAUGGCGACCGGUCUGCUGUCCGACUGGUUUCCGGAAGAGCAGCGGGGCCUCGUCAUGUCCAUUUUCAAUUGGGGCAUUUACGGCGGUUACGGCAUCGCGUUUCCGGUCGGCCGUUAUGUGCCACAAAUAAACGCCUGGGACCUGGGCUGGAGGGUCUGCUAUUACGGAGCCGGCGUGAUCAGCCUGAUCAUCGCCAUUCUCACCGGUCUGACGCUCUCCGAGCCGGCAAGAAAGACGAUCGGCGAGGAGACGGCCAAUGACGGGAAGCAAGUAUCGAUUUGGAAAGUGAUACUGCAACCGCGCAUUAUUCUCUUAUGCCUCGCCGCCAGCAUUAGACAUUGCGGUGGCAUGUGCUUCGCUUACAAUUGCGAUCUCUACUAUAGGGAAUAUUUCCCGGACUAUGAUCUCGGCUGGUGGCUGUUCGCCGUCACGAUCGUCAUCGGCAGCAUCGGUGUCGUGGUCGGCGGGAUAGUUAGCGACAAGUUCGUCGCGAAGAUGGGAAUCAGGUCGCGCGUGGCCUGCUUGGCGAUCAGCCAAAUAAUCGCGACGCCGCCUGCCUUUGGCUCGGUAUAUUUCAACCCCCUCUGGGCCAUGAUCACGUUAGGAUUCUCUUAUUUCUUCGCCGAGAUGUGGUUCGGCAUAGUGUUCGCCGUCGUGGUGGAGAUCGUGCCGCUGAAUCUGCGCUCCACCACUAUAGGCGUCUUUCUGUUCGUCAUGAACAACAUCGGCGGCAACUUGCCGAUACUCGUCGAGCCCACCAGGUUGGCCAUCGGUUUCCGGGAGUCGUUGUACAUUUUUUACGCGGGUUUCUACGGCAUCAGUUCCAUCAUGUUUUUCUUCACCAUGUUCCUAAUGGACGGACCCGUGGAGGCGGAGCAGCAGGUGGACAGAGUGUUCGACAAGACGGCCCCGCCGGCGUACGACAAUAGCAUGUUCACUAAUGACGAUGGCCAGAUGCCAACGUUGGAGUUGCCGCGGUUUCCGUCACGACCACCCAUCUAUGAAAGUUCCCGAUUAUGAGACGACUCGACGGCAGGAGUCGUUCCUAAGAGUAGCUCUGUAAAUAGUGCUUCGUGCCCCGCGCGUCUUUCGGCCUGACGUUCGAGAGUCGCGUAGCUACGCAGAUUCUCACGACAGCAUUAACUCGACAACGUCAGCUACGGAUUGAUCAAUUGAUCGUGGGAAAAUUAUCGUUGCACGUCGCGAAAAUUAACAACAGCGCGUUAGACCAGCGAAAUCUGUCUUCAUUCGCGAUCGAGAAUUUAAUCGCCAGACGUGCUUUAUUUUCGCGUACUUCGCCGAUCGAUAUGUGUGUGUCGAGACUUGCGAAACUGCGUAUCAUUAUUAUUAAGGCUCUUGGCUAGUCACCGCGGCCAUAUUGGUUGAUGACGUCAGAAGCGAGAAAUUGCACACGAAUUUUGCGUCCGAAUCAUUGCAAAAUAAAAAGAUAUGUUAACAAAGUAACACUUGCAAUCGAUCCUACACACUCGUAAAACGCUCCGGGUAGUGUUCAUUUCCCGAAAUAACCUUUACAACACUGCUAAAUGUACGUGUAAAAAUCAGCUUAUUUUGAUAGGAGAUCAGCUGUGAGACUCGGUGUGGAAUAUGAUAGAAUAAGUACUAUUAUAGUUAAAAUAUUACAAAAAGCAUAGUAUCCGGAGUAUUUUGACACUUCCGCAAUUGUGUUAUGUGUGAUAUAUAAGCACUACAGUCAGUAAUAACACCGUGAUUCGGACGGAAAAAUUUAGGUAGCUGUUACACACAUACACAUACAUAAUUCGCUUUAUACAUAUGAUGAACGAAAUUCUUAUUCCUACCACUGAUGGCUGUGUCGCCACCGUCAACGCGAAUUUCUUGCCUGACUAGCCAGGAGCCUUAAGAGCAAUUGUUUCGUCGCGAAAUCGCGUUGCAAAGUGUUCACCUUCAUGCACACUGCCUGAAUCGCGUGAGUUUCCCGGAAAAGUGGAUUCUACAAAUUUCUGAUCCUGAAAAUUCUGUAAAACUUGAAAAAACUAAUGAAGAAUCUCGAGAUAUAACAUUAUACAAACUGUUGCUUUACCUUGAAGAUACAAGAUAUUGCUUGUUGUUUCAUAUUAACUCGAUAUUUUAAGUAAAAAAAAGAGGAUAUCACAGAAAAAAAUUCUACUCUGCUAAGAAAAGCAAUUACUCGGUUAUCUUUUUUUGAGUAAUGAUUAUCUUCAACACAAAAAAUAUUUUCCUGACAAUAGUCUUCAGAUAUAUUCAUGGCAAAUUUUAGAAAAAAUUAUUACUCAAAAGAAGAAUUUAUUUAUUUAAUCAGAGAAAAAGUUGGUUUGAUUUUAUGAAGUGCGUAAACCGAAAUUUGAGUAGAUUUGGUCAUUACGACGAACUUGCGAUAGAUUGCGAUGUAAACUUACGAAAUACUUGAAACAAGCAAUAUUUUCUUAAACGCAAUAUGUUAUUUUUCUGUGUGCGCAAAAGCUCAUUGCACGAUUCUUACUCUAUUCUCUCUGUGACACACACACUCGCGACAAAAUUGAUUCACACACGCGCAUGUCACUAUCUCCAAUAAACAGGACGUUUCGAAGAAGCAUCACGCGAAGCAAAGCGAUCGAACUUCGCGUCUGCGAGGACAGGACGGGAUGUUGCGAAAACUGGUGUUGGUUCGCGCGCACGUGUGUGGGACACGCGGCGCACAGACACAUCGCGCAAUUGCACAUCUCGCAAAAAAAGAGCCUUUUAUUGAGAAAGUCACAUAAAUUAAUUAAUAUUAAGUGACGAUUGGUUUCGGUGUUAUAUCACAUAUCGUAGACAGCCUGUUGGAGUUUACCCGCGACCGGUAAUGCGAAACACGACGAUUAAUGCGUAUUUACGUUGCACACUCCCGUUACGGAUCACUCGGACACGCUGAUCGGACGCUCUCUACUUACACGCGAGCGAUUACGAGCUAGGAGUGAGAUUCGCCGUCUUCUUCUAUGUACAGAUUAUUUAAUAUAAAUAAAACGAAUUCACUUU